CUCAGUCGAGCGGCUACCUCCGACUGUAGUGCAUGCACGACUACCCGUUGAGAAUCACUUCAAACAUCCAGCCGAGCGGCGCUGUGUGUGGUGGACCAACCUCAAAGGCCGAGAAGUAGGCAUGUCUCCCACUACCCUGCAAACAGUAGAUAAGGCGAGCCUCAAGCUCGAAGCAAGUGGUUCGACCAACGGACUCAGCACGUAUGGCCGUUUUUACCCAUUCCUACUGUGGUGGCAACCUCAAUCUACUCAAAGAUACCAUAGAGCACUUCGCAGGAAGCGAGCUCCACAGUCAAGAUCGUUACAGUCUUGCAUGACGCGAAACAUCCUGCCGCACCGACUAGAAGCGUUGACGCAUUACUAGCUCAGGCCGGGAACGGUAAGCUGUAGACAUCCAUCC